UCACAAUCUCAAAUCUCAAACGAGCCACAAAACAAGAGCCUCAAGAAUCAUCAGUCAAAAGCACGCUGCCAUCAUGAAGCUUGGAAUGUUCAAGAAAAGUAAUAAGGAAGAAAGCAGCGCCUUUUUGGACCAAAGCAGUGACGGUUCUUUCCGCAUCCCUCCAGAAAUGCGACGCAAUGUCAGCAAGGAAUGCAUGGACCGAAGCAGUGAUGGUUCCUUCCUCAUGCCUCCAGAGCUGCGACGAAACGUCAGCAAAGAAAGCAUGGACCGAAGCAAGGACGACUCUCGCCGCCGUGUCAGUGCCCGAAAGCUGCAACGCAACCUUAGCAAGGAGAGCAAGCGGGCUUCUUCAUCCAAGAAGGGGAGAGUGGGAAAGCGUGGCAACCAAAUCAUGGGCAUCAUGUCCGAAAUGAAUCCCGACCUUGUCGUGGACAUGAUGAAAGAAAUGAAGAACAACCAUUGAAGUCAUCGAUUGCUUCUUUUUGCCGCACACGUCUGCUUGAUUAGGCGCGACAUAUGGGGUUCAACGGCAAGUCUCCCCUUGCCCAUACUUCGUCAACCAUACUUCGUCAACCAUAUACCGAAACGUUGAAACUUCGAUGCUUCCUUCCUUCAGAAAAGUCAUCCAACUUCCUACAUACUAACUAAUAGAUACAUGUUUAUGUC